CUUAAGCCUAGUGCUGGCUUGACGUCUCGCUGCUUGUCGCAGCUGAUGAUCAGGAUGGUGCAAGCGCAGCUGCCUCCAGCAAUCCCUCGGCGGGUACUGAGAAGUAUUGCGCGAAGGUCCACUGUCGACUUCUUCUAUUCGAAACUACCACGAUCCAGAUCCUUUGCUCACAAGCCUUCACUAUUACUCGUCGCCCGUCCAAUACCUCGACCUCAAUUACCGUUUCUGCAUCCCGCGACCCGAGUAAACAUUGUUCAAGCACACGUCGGGCGGUUCAUCUCCACCGAGCGCAAGCAAAGAUGGAAAGCCCAGCUCUGGCGUCAACUGAGGUUCCAUGCCUACCUCUGGCCGUCGGUGUUCCUCGUCACCAUCAUAAUGAUAGGUAUCCAACAAACCAAAUUUGAGAGAGAUUUUCCUACACCCCGAGACUGGUCGUUCUGGAGUAGAUGGCUCUUGCGCAACGCUAAAUUCACCGAACUUAGCGAGGGUGCUAAGGUCAGUCAGGUAAUGACCGAUUGGGCAAAAGCAGGGCGAUACUACCUAGGUGUUUUGGAAAGACUGGAAAGCGAAGACUAUGAUGGCAAAUUUUUACUUGCUUCCGAAGCUACCGGCACCUACGCAGACAGCCUAGGAAUAGUAGGUUUCGACGUCAGUGCGAAAAGCGAUCAGUGGAGGCGAGGAUAUCAUGAUGCUCUCAUGGGAGCAGGAAGAGCAGCAGAAAAUCUAGAUGGCAUGUGCCGGAGGAAGGAUGACCCUGCAGGUCGAGUGUAUUCCAGAGAAAGUAUACCUGGACCAGACAAUCCGAGACCGAAGCCACUUCCCUGGGAUAAGAAAAGAGGCCAUGAAACCCCACCGACACAAGACGAGGUGGAGGAUGCCUUCCCAUCACCAGAAGUGUUUUACAUGAAGAUUUUGACCACAGAGGGAUUCAAUACAAGACAGCGACUGGACGCGGCCAUGGCAUAUGCAGACUGGUGCGAUUUUAAAGGGCUGGCUGAGACGGCCGAGGACACCUACAGUUGGGCCAUGGAUAUUGCUCAAGCGGGGUUUGCAGGAGGGCCGGCGGAUAUCAUCGACACGAAAACGGGCAUGAUUGCAAGAGGCAGAGAAGAUGAGGUCAGCGAGAAUGUCCUUCGAGUGUGCACAGCAUAUGCUGUCCAUCAUGCCAGAGCUGGAAAUGUUAAACAAGCCCUGCCGAUCUUCCUUAGUGUGCUGAGGGCUAGGAAGAAUUUGCCACCAUCACCCUUUGGUGUAAUCGGUCGCAAAAGGCCCGCACCACAAGAUCAAGGCUUAUGGCCGUAUAUCUCGUCUCUCAAGGACUUGAUCAUUGAGCGACCAUUUCCAGAAGCACCGCCGAGUGGCAACAAUAGGCCAUAUCACACGUUGAAAGAAGCCUGUGAAGAAGUUGGCUUGAUGACAUAUAUUGGUGAGAUCCUCUUUGCCACCAGUGACAGCGAACGGGAAAAGGGCCUCAGCUGGACUAGAGAUAGCGUCGAAGCUGCUGAAGCAGUCCUGUGGGUGAUGGAGGAGAAGAAGGAGGAUGACGGGAGAGAACGAUGUCGAGAAUGCCUCGAGACAGGGUUGACUAAUUGGAAAGAGAUGUCGCGACAAAUGGCACGUCUUGCGGCCAGGAAAGCACAAGAAGCUGAAAAAGGAUCCGGCUGGCUCGGUCUCGGAAUAGGCAAGUCGCAAAGAAUCGCAGAAGCUCAAAGGGAAAAGGCGAGGUGGGAGGAAGAGAAUGUACAAAUCCAGCUGCGGAAAGAGAAGACUUUGCCUUUGACGCAGCCUAUAAAGCCACCGCCUCAAGGAUGGUUUUGAGAGCACAUCAUUGGUACUUGAUGGAGCGGACGACGAUGAAAGAAAAUAAUUGUGUACACCAUCCAGGACUCUGUCUGUUUCACUUUCGCAAUUCUUGCCAGUGUCACUUUUUACUUGACUUCACCGUGGCUAGUAUGCCCGCGGUAAAUCUGAUUUCGCUCUCUCAGUCCUCCGUCUACCAUUACCAACAUUGCCAGGGUAGGAGAGUCCAUGAUGGAGCAUCGACGACGACGACGAC